AAAUAGCGGUGGACAAGGGAAAAAAAAAGGGACUGUGGAGAAACACUUUAGCACGGUGCGACAAGAUGGCGAGCUCAGUGACGCUGCUUCUAUGGAGUCUUCUUCUUCUCGGUACACUAAGCGCUAUUCAGGCCAAAAAGUCUAAGGAAAACUUAAAGGAGAUCACACACAAGGUUUAUUUUGAUGUUGAAAUUGAUGGGAAAGCAGCUGGUCGUAUUGUCAUGGGUCUAUUUGGCAAGACAGUCCCCAAAACUGUAGAGAAUUUCCGAGCUUUAUGCACUGGGGAGAAAGGAAUAGGUAAGAAUGGGAAGGCGCUCCAUUACAAGGGGAGUUCAUUUCAUAGGAUCAUACCAAGCUUUAUGCUCCAAGGAGGCGAUUUUACACAUGGAAAUGGAAUGGGAGGAGAAUCUAUCUAUGGUGAGAAGUUUGCUGAUGAGAACUUCAAACUCAAGCAUACUGGUCCAGGGUUCUUAUCAAUGGCAAAUGCCGGUCAAGAUACCAACGGAUCACAGUUUUUCAUCACAACUGUAACAACCAGCUGGUUGGAUGGGCGACAUGUGGUAUUCGGGAAGGUAGUGACAGGAAUGGAUGUGGUGUACAAAGUCGAAGCUGAAGGAAAUCAGAGUGGAACUCCUAAGAGUAAAGUGGUGAUUGUAGACAGUGGUGAGCUUCCCCUGUAACUCAACAACUCUAGUUUUCUCCAUCUGAUCAUCCAUUGAUGUGAGCUCUAGUGUGCUUGAUGACUUUUGUGUUAAAACGAGUGUCUUGGUUACUUUAUGAAAGAUUCUACCGGCUUUAUUUCUUUCGUCUGCUUUCUAGCUCGAGCUAUGUCUGACUUUAUACACAAAUGUCUUUCAGUAGCAAAAAUUCUGCACUUAUGCCGUUUUGCAUUGUCAACAUUUGUAGAAUUUAUAGAAGUUACACGAUAAUAUAUAUAUCAGUAAACUCCUAAAGAAGAGUUAG